AUGUACCGACACACGAGCAACGGGGACGCGGACGCACGACGGCCUCUUCUCACCGGGGAUCACCUGGAUCCAGGUGUUCUGGACUCGGACGAAGCGGAGGUGAUUUUCGACAGGAGGGCGUCCGGAGGCGAACAUGAGGCUUGUGAGACCAUAUCGAGAAAACUUAACUAUGAGGAGGCUGUCGAGUUAACAGGCUUCGGUUUGUUCCACUGGCUUCUGCUGGUGGUGUGUGGUUGGGCCAAUGCCAGCGACGCAGUGGAGAUUCUCUGCGUGUCUUUUCUGCUGCCAACGGCGCGCUGUGAUCUGCUGCUGAGCUCCUCAGACAUGGGCCUGCUCACCGCCAGCAUUUUCCUCGGAAUGAUGGUGGGUGGCUACAUGUGGGGAUAUCUGGCUGACCAGAGGGGGCGCCGGAAGGUGCUGGUGGUGUCCCUGACAGUCAACGGGCUGUUCGGAGGUCUUGCCAGCUUUGCUCCUUGGUUUUGGCUCUUUUUGCUCCUGCGGUUUAUCAGCGGCAUUGGGGUGGGCGGGUCCAUUCCGGUCAUCUUCUCCUACUUCUCGGAGUUCAUGCCUCGUUUGAAAAGAGGCGCAAUGAUCAGCGCCCUCGCCACUUUCUGGAUGGCGGGAAACAUCUUGGCAGCAGGUCUGGCCUGGAUGGUGAUUCCCAGAACCUGGGCUCAUGUCUCUCUGGGAUACCUGGACUUCCAGAGCUGGAGGCUGUUCGUGGUGCUUUGCUCUGUUCCUAGCAUCACCUCCGCCCUGCUGUUCAAGCUGCUCAUGCCUGAGAGCCCAAAGUUCCUGAUGGAGGCUGGCCGAGAGGAGGAGGCGAUCCAUGUCUUCAAAGUGAUGUUUAAGCUGAACUCGCAAGGAAAAGACAGGACUUUCCCGGAGUUUGGCUUAUGCUCAGCGUCUGAGCAGAGAGAUGAACCGGAGGUCAAAGCUCGAGGUUCCCAAAGAAAAGGUCUUACACGAAUUUUGAAAAAGGGUUUUGUGCCUAUCAAACAGAUUUUUACGGGUCCUCUCAAAUCCAGAAGCAUCGUCCUGCUCAUCAUCUUCUAUUGCAUCUCCUUCGGCUAUUAUGGGCUGUGGAUGUGGUUCCCCGAGCUAUUUGAGAGAGUCGAAGAUGGCGGAUCUCCCUGUGCCAACGUGUCUCUACCGUCUCCACUUCGCAACCAAAGCUGUUACCCAGUAAAGACGGCAGUGUACAUGGAGGGUUUUGCCAUUGCUGCGUCCAACUUGCCAGGCAACAUUUUCACCAUUCUCAUCAUGGACAACGUAGGAGGAAAGAUGCUGCUCUCCGGCAGCCUGAUCGUGUCCAGCCUGAGCGUCUUCUUCAUCUACGUGGUCCAGACCAAAGCGCAGAGUCUGGUACUCUCCUGCGUGUUCAGCGGAGUUUCCGUCAUCGCCUGGAACGCUAUGGACGUGUUGGGAACCGAGCUCUACCCCACCCAGCUACGGUCCUCUGCCCUCGGUUUCUUCACCGGGGUGGGCCGAGUGGCGGCCAUCAUGGGGAACAUCACUUUUGGAAAGCUGGUGGACACGAACUGCGCCGUGCCCGUGCUGCUGGUGUCGGCCCUGCUGCUGACCGGUGGGCUGGUGGCCCUUCUGCUCCCACAGACUCGACAGACGGAGCUCACCUGAUCGCUCACUUUCAGAAGCUAAAAGGACCAACGGACUGGAUGACCGCUUUGCCUCUAAUUUUAUCUGACGUCUAUACGUAGCCUCAUUUAAAAAUGCCAAGAAAAACGAGCGGAAAACCGGACACUUUGCUCCAUCUACCCUUUAAAAAUUAUGAAGAAAUCAGGGACGGAUUAAAAACUCGUCAGGAAUAACUUUAAGCUGUUUUCUGGGGUUUAAAACUUGUGCUAUAGGUUUUAAAUGAGUGGCUUUUUAGUCACAUGAUGAAUGAAGUAUCCUGUGCCACGUCUGAUUAUCUAAUGACUCCAUGACACCUUUCCCAGGUUAUGGGCUGAUUAGAAAAUACCUCUCAUAUCAGUUUUUGAAAAGCUUUUUUUAAAUUAAUUUAUUUUUUUUGUAUAGAAAGUUCUGUUUCUCUGUUUACAAACUAAAUGUCAGCUGCACAAACUGGAUCACACAUUCCAAAACGGAACCAAAGAUCAUAGAUUUUAGAAGUCAGUCAUCAGAAGUUGUGAUGACACAAUAGCCUUUUUUUACCAUCAGGAUUUUGUUAAGGUUUUUUUUUUCUUUCAAUAAUAAGAACUCUUAAGAUCAUAAGAUCACAGUUGUGUGUUUUGUGGGUCCUCAUGAGCUAAAUUCAAUCCAUCUGUUGAAAUAUUUUGUUAACUUUGAAGCCUUAUUUUGUGUUCCCAGUGACAAAGAUCUGCUUAAAAACAAUCAUGAAUAAAAAACUAUCCUGUUUAAGAAAGAUAGAAAA